GUUGAAUAGCACUGCUCGACUUUCACUAAAGCAUUUGGAUUUAACUCAAUUUGAAAAGACGUACUUAGAGCAUAGAACUACUGGUUUACGAGCAAAGCAAAGGAUUAGACCAAUUUGAUAAGAAAGAAGUUGAGGAGAGUGACAGAAUCCACCUCGAGACUGAGAGAAACGGCAGUCGUAUUUUAGAGAUUAAGAGAUCUACACAAGCUGACACUGGGCUCUAUGCUUGUGUGGCAAAAAACUCUGAGGGAGAGAGCAUUGUAUCAACCACUCUAGAAGUCACUGAAUCUACAGGUGCAGGUACAGGAAACGAUACAGAAGUUGAAUCUAAUGAGCAAGGUGAAGAGAUGUCCUCUCAGUAUAGAUCAACAUACAGAUCUGCCAGGUCUGCCAGAGAACCAACUCCGGAAAAGCCGGCACUUUUACGUAAACUAAGAGAUAAGACUGCAAGUGAGGGAGGCUCCAUAACUUUCGAAACUAAACUUUUAAGAGGAACACCUAAACCAGACGUCACAUGGCUCAAGGAUGGAAAAGAAAUAUCAAAUGAUGAUCACUACCAGAUGACCUAUGAUGGUGAGACGUGCUGGUUGAAUGUCAAGUCACUGUCCAGUGCUGAUGAUGGGGAGUACUCUUGUACAUUGACCAACUCUGAGGGCUCAGUUAAAACUGCAUGUCAUCUCAUGGUGGAAGGUGCAAGUAAAUAUGGCAGAGGUAGCAGCAAAACCAGUAAAGUCAGGGCUCAAAAGCCUGAGUUUAUUAUAAAGCCAAGAAGACAGUUUGUUGAUGAAGACCAAGCUGCAAAGUUUAAGGCAUCAUUUGAAGGCUCACCUACACCUACCAUACAAUGGUCUAAAGGAGGGAAUGUCAUAGAAGAAAGUGAUAAAUAUAAGUUAUAUGAGUUGAGAGACUACCACUUCCUUGAGAUCAAGGAUUGCAGCAUAGAGGACCAAGGAGAGUAUCUGUGUACCAUCACUAAUGACUCUGGGAAAGAUGAACAGAAGGCAAAGUUAGAAGUAUAUGAAAAGCCAAAGCCUAAGAUGUCAAGCCGAGUAAAGAAAGUUGCCCCUGAGUUUGAAAGUAAACUCUCCCAUAUGACAGUAAAAGAGGGAGAGAGCGUCACACUGGAAUGUACGGCAAUAGGUACCCCAGAGCCAACAAUGAAGUGGUAUAAAGAUGGCAACAUAUUGAAAUCAUCAACUGAUUUCAAACAAACUUUCGAUGGAAAAACUGCAAAACUAGUCAUAAAUGAAAUACUGACUGAGGAUGCUGGGAAAUAUGAAUGUCUUGCGAUAAAUAAUGUUGGUGAAAAUAGGACGUAUUGCCGGGUCAAAGUCGAAGAGGUUAAGAAGAAAGGGGUACCACCUACCCUUGAAGGGACCCUCUCUGAUCAAACUGUCACUGAUGGUGAUACUGUCAUCUUGGAGUGUAAUGUAACUGGUGAUCCCAAGCCAGAUGUAAAAUGGAUGCAUGAUGGUAAACCAAUCAAAUCAACUGAAGAUUUCAAGAUAUCCUAUGAUGGGACUGUUGCAAAACUUGAGAUAAUGGAAGUUUUUCCAGAGGAUUCAGGAGAAUACUGUUGCAUAAUUUCAAACUCUGCUGGAGAGGUCAAAACCUCUUCUCACAUAGUUGUAGAAGAAAAAGCUAAGGCUAAGAAGAAAGGACCGGAGAAAAGAGCCCCAUAUUUUAUUCAAGAGUUCGAACCUGAAUAUGAAGUGAUGGAUGGGACAACAGUAGAGUUGAUAGUCAGGAUAGGAGGCACUGCUCCUUUGGAUGUAAUCUGGCUGCACAACAAUAAAGAGAUCAAGAAGAGCUCUGACAUAUAUAAGCUAACUAGCCAAGGGGAUACAUAUAAGCUUCAGAUGGAGGAAGUGUUCCCUGAGGAUGCUGGUAGUUGGGUGUGUGAGGUCUACAAUGAUGUAGGGGAUGUUGAUACUGCAUGUAAACUUAUUGUUAAAGAAGAAGAAAGUGCACCCACCCCAGCACCCACCAAACCAACACCCACCAAAACAACACCCACAAAACAAAUGCCCACCAAAGUAUCUCCAGCUAAGACAGAUAUAAACAGCAACCCACCAGUGCCUGAGUCUGGUUCUCAAGAUGAUGGAUUUGAAGAAACAGUUUCACCAGAGUUCAUACGCAAGCCACGCUCACUGGAUAUCGAUGAAGGGACAUGUGCCAAGUUCACCUGUCAAGUAGAUGCUGCUCCUAUGGCAACUAUGGUAUGGUCCAAGGAUGGCAAACCUGUAGAAGAUAGCGCAAGAAUUAAGAUCUAUGAUGAUGGUAUUGACACAUACACACUGGAGAUUCCCCACUGUCUCUCCACAGAUGAGGGUCGCUAUGCCUGUGUAGCUACUAACUUUGAGGGAUCAGAUAAGUGCAGUUUUGGCCUGAAAGUGAGACCUUUACAGGAUGGACCAGUUGAUUUCAGAGAUCUCCUUAAAUCAAAACCUGGAUUAAAGAUCCUAACAUCAGGGGAGAGUACGGAAUCAGAACCGCAGGAGAAAGAACCAGAACAAUUGGACUUCCGCCACAUGCUCAAACGUCAUGUAAAAACCAAGAAAAAGCCUGAGUUUCUCACAAAUUUGGAAGAUGUACGAGUCAACGAUGGUGAUGUUCUCAUCCUUGAGUGUAAAGUUGAAGGCAUUCCUGAACCUGAUAUAAAGUGGUACUUUGGUAAAGAGGAGCUGAAGGAGGGUGAUUUCACGAUGAGCUAUGAUAAGACUGUUGCUCAUUUGGAGUUGGAUGAGACACUACCUGAGGAUGCAGGGGAAUACAUAUGUGUAGCAACCAAUGAAACUGGCUCUACUCAACAAUCUUGCGAUGUUAGAGUCAGAUCCACAAGCGAGAUCAGUGAGAAUGGCAGCAGCAUUGGCAGCACAGCAAGCAGUACAAGGUCAUCACCAUCUAAGACAGCAUCUGAGGAGAGAGACACUAACGCUGUACAGCUAGACUUCAGAAAUGUAUUGAAGAAUAAAGUUAAGACAAAGAAGAAGCCAGAAUUUAUAAGCAGACCGAGGGAUGAAGUUGUAAAAGAGGGGAGUAGUGUAACAUUUGAGUGCAAGGUUAAUGGAAUACCACCGCCAGAUGUGACCUGGUUCUUUGGAAAAAAGGAAAUCAAGGAAUCAAAGUAUUUCCAUAUGAGUUACAUUAACGAAGUAGCCAAGCUAGAAAUUAGUGAGUCAUUCCUGGAAGAUGAGGGAGAGUAUAUAUGUAAAGCAACCAAUGAAUCUGGCAGUGUACAGGAAACAUGUGAUCUCAUGGUGGAUGAAUUGGGGUCAGAUGAAGAGACAGGGGGCACCACUAACAGCUCCGAGGUGAUGGGAGAUGAUGCAGUGGCUCCAAAGAUUAUGGCCAGACCAGAAGACCUGGCUGUAUUAAAAGGAACCAAGAUACACCUUCAGUGUGGAUUCAGUGGGGACCCAAGGCCUACUGUGACAUGGUUGAAGAAUAGAACUACUCUACAGUCAGAUGAUCUAGUGAAUAUAGAGACUAUGCGUGAGACCAGCAGUUUGACUGUGAAAAAGGCUGCUCAAGAGGACAGUGGUCAAUACACAGUAAAAGUACAGAACUCACUAGGAGAGGAUAGUGCUGAUGUCUCUGUUACAGUGGAAGAUGUUCCAGAGCCACCUGCAGGAUCUCCCUUUGCCUCCAAUACAACAACAACUAGCACCAACCUUUGCUGGUAUGGCCCUGCCUAUGAUGGGGGCUCCCAGGUCCUUUGCUACAGAGUGGAACUGUGUAAAGUGAAGGAUAUGAAAUGGAAGACACUCACUUCAAAGUGUGAGCACACUACAUACAAUGUAAAGAACUUAGAGCCUGAAACAGAGUAUCUGUUUAGAGUUAGCGCGGAGAACAAACAUGGUUUCAGUGAACCUUGUAAAACAUCAGAUAAAGUCUUCACAUCUGAUGGUGCACCAUUGGAUGAUGAUACAGCCAAAAAGAAAGACCAGGCUGUAAUUACAAGAAAGAAGUCUAAAAAAGUGGAAGAUUCCUUGCCAUUUGAGCCACAAGAGGUUGAGAUUUCAAAAGAAAGAAAACUUACAGAUUUUUAUGAACUGAAAGAGGAAAUAGGAAAGGGUAGAUUUGGCAAUGUCCACCGGUGCAUUGAAAAGUCUACUGGAAAGGAGUAUGCAGCUAAACUGAUUAAACUAAAGGCAACCACUAACAAGGAGGAUGUCAGACAAGAGAUUGAGUUGAUGAACCUUCUACAUCAUCCCAAGCUACUGUUGCUGAAGGAUGCCUUUGAGACCAGGAGAGAGCUGGCCCUUGUCAUGGAGCAUAUUGGGGGAGGUGAACUAUUUGAACGAAUCAUCGAGAAUGACUUUAUCACAGAAAAAGAUGGCGUUCAUUACAUCCGCCAGAUUUGCGAAGGUGUUAAAUACAUGCACACUCAAAGUGUUUUACAUCUGGACUUAAAACCUGAAAAUGUUCUCUGUGUCAAUAAGAACAGUACUCAGAUAAAGCUUAUAGACUUUGGCCUUGCUAGGAAAUAUGACCCUAAAGAGAAUUUAAGGGUUAUGUUUGGUACACCUGAGUUUGUCGCCCCUGAAGUGAUCAAUUAUGAAGAAGUUGGACCUGCCACUGAUAUGUGGAGUGUAGGAGUCAUCUGUUAUGUCUUGUUGUCUGGUUUAUCACCCUUCAUGGGGGACAAUCCAUCUGAAACAUUUGUUAAUGUCACCAAGGCACAGUUUGACUUUGAGGAUGAACAGUUUGAUGAACUCAGUCAGGACGCUAAAGAUUUUAUAGAAAAACUUCUAGUCAAAAGUACAAAAGAAAGAAUGAAGGCUGAUGAUGCUUUGGGACACCCUUGGUUAGCUCAAGAUACGAAAACCAUGAAAUCCAACAAACUUAGUACAAAGAAACUCAAAGCUUUCCUAGCUCGCAGAAAAUGGCAGCGGGAAAAAGACAGGUUAAAAAUACGAGAAGUUGACUCUGAGGCUAUGCCUGAGCCUCAAAUGAAACUCUCAGAGCCAAUAUUUACUGAAAAACUUCCCUCAGAACCUAUUAAGGUUCAAGAGGGGGACGUAUGUAAACUAGAGGUAAAGGUUUGUGGUGAACCAACACCUGAUGUCCAGUGGUUUAAAGAUGGUACUAAACUCAAGCGUAGUAGACAUUAUGUUACGGACAGUGAUGGGGACACCUUUUCAUUGACCAUACAAAGUGCAACAAUCGAUGAUGACGCGGAAUACCGAUGUAAAGCAAUAAAUUCUGAAGGAGAAGCAGAGUGUUUCUCAGAACUCUAUGUUGAAUCUUCAGGUACUACAAAGUAAACUUUAUGCAUGGAGUGAAUUUGUUGGACAAUACCUGUUUGUCACCCCUCAUGUUUUGGACUGUUGAAUAGUUCUACAUCAAAACGUAAGGGGUGACAGGAUUUAGAGACAAUGUAUUUUUGAUAGGGGUGUUACCUUAAUGAACUAAAACAGUUGAAUAUUCAUUUAGGAAACUGCAUGCUUUUGUUAUUAAUAGUUAUAUUUGUUCAUUUUAUUAAUUAGUUAUUGAUUUAUAUGUUAUUUUGGUUGUAAUUUGGGUGAUUAUAUCAUUGCUUAUGAUGAAACAUGUCUACAAAGACCCUCACUUGCCAGAUUAUGUUCUGGCAAUUUUGUAGGUUUGUUUCAUUUAAUGUCUCAACUAAUUAUGUCACCCAAAUAAUAGCCACAUUUUUGAGAUCAAUAGUGACCUGUUAUUAGAUAAUAGUGCUUGUUGAAUAGCAUAACGUAUUUGCUCUUAAGUUACAAAUUACAAAGUGUUAUAUUGCAUGAUAUUUUAACUGUGUCAUUGCAAAUAACAAUAUGAGUAAUUUGUUAUAUAUAGCUUUAAGUAUUUUAUUUGUAAAUUUUGUUAUUGAUUCCUGUGUUCAUGUAAUGAGAUUGCAGUAAAGCCUAUAGGAUAAAGCACAGACAAGAAUAUUAUCUGAAUUAUCUAUCAUCAAAGCCAGCGCAUAACUAUAUCAUUGUAACGGUACUGAUAAUUAUAGGUUUCACUAUUCAUGAUUAGGUAGUUAUCAAUAGAAAUACUAAGAAAUAUAUGCUGCAUUUUAAUUUUAAUAUUUACUGUAAUUUACACUAUGACUUUAUGCAGUAUUAUUACCAGAAUGUUAUAGUGUGUCAAUCAUGACAUUGUGUCUGGUAUUUUGGAAUGACACAUUGUGUCAGCUAUUUCAUGAUGACAUAUUAUGUCAAUUAUUUUAUGGUGACGCAUUAUGUCAGCUACUUCAUGGUGACACAUUAUGUCAGCUACUUCAUGGUGACACAUUAUGUCAGCUA